AGUCUAAAACCACCCACCCGUUAUUUCAAAAAGAAAAAUACCUACCAGCUACCAGGCUUCCACUAACCCACUACCAGUCUACUACCACCAUUUUCUCUUCCUUCGACGGUCAUCCCAAAGAGACGAUAAACUCACCAUUCUCAAAAAUGGCGACCUCUCUCCUCCCAAAACCCUUCAUCUCAACACUUCUUCCUAUUCCUUCAACUACCAUUUCACCUCCUUCUUCACUCUCUUUCUCCAUCAAAGCAGCCGCCACAACCUCCGCCACUCCAACUCCGUUGAAACUUAUCAAAGAUCACGCCGUUGAAUCAAUAAAGGCGAGACAGAUCAUCGACAGCCGUGGAAAUCCUACCGUUGAAGUCGACCUAUUCACCGGCGACGGCAGUCUGUACCGUUCGGCAGUUCCUAGUGGUGCUUCUACUGGGAUCUAUGAAGCACUUGAGCUUCGUGAUGGUGAUAAAUCUGUUUAUGGUGGGAAAGGUGUUCUUCAUGCUGUGAGAAAUAUCAAUGAGGUUUUAGGCCCUAAACUUGUUGGCGUCGAUGCUAGAGAUCAAGCUAAUGUUGAUGCCCUCAUGUUAGAGCUUGAUGGAACUCCAAACAAGUCAAAAUUCGGAGCAAAUGCUAUUUUGGGUGUAUCUCUAAGUGUAUGUAGAGCUGGCGCAGGGGCAAAGGGGAUACCUUUGUACAAGCACAUUCAGGAAAUAUCAGGAACCAAGGAACUUGUUAUGCCUGUUCCAGCAUUCAAUGUGAUUAAUGGAGGGAGCCAUGCUGGCAAUAACUUGGCCAUGCAAGAAUUCAUGAUUUUACCAGUUGGUGCAUCAUCUUUUGCAGAAGCGCUUCGUAUGGGUAGUGAAGUAUAUCACAUACUGAAGAGCAUUAUUAAAGCAAAGUAUGGACAAGAUGCUUGCAAUGUAGGAGAUGAAGGAGGUUUUGCACCAAAUGUCCAAGAUAACCGUGAGGGACUUGUAUUACUUAUGGAAGCAAUUGAAAAGGCUGGGUACACUGGCAAAAUCAAAAUUGGGAUGGAUGUAGCAGCUUCUGAGUUUUAUACCGAGGAUGGGAAUUAUGAUUUGGAUUUCAAGAAACAGCCAAAUGAUGGAUCUCAUGUGCAUACGGCUAAAGGGCUUUGUGACCUUUACACAGAGUUUGUCAGAGAUUUUCCCAUUGUUUCAAUUGAAGAUCCAUUUGACCAAGAUGACUGGAGUUCAUGGGCUUCACUACAAUCUUCAGUAGACAUCCAACUGGUAGGAGAUGAUCUUUUGGUCACUAACCCAAAGAGAAUAGCCGAAGGGAUUGAGAAAGAAGCUUGUAACGCUUUGCUGUUGAAGGUUAAUCAAAUUGGUUCUGUAAGUGAAUCCAUUCAAGCUGCCCUGGACUCCAAAACUGCCGGAUGGGGUGUUAUGGUCAGCCACCGGAGUGGUGAAACUGAGGACAAUUUUAUUGCUGACCUUUCUGUUGGCUUGGCCAGUGGACAGAUCAAGACAGGUGCUCCUUGUCGCAGUGAGAGGUUAGCCAAAUACAACCAGCUUUUGCGCAUCGAAGAGGAACUUGGUAGUGUACGUUAUGCUGGUGAAGCCUUUAGGUCACCAUAGAGAAGUGAGAUGUCAUGUCCUAUUAUACAAUAAUCGGUUCCAACAUGAAAGGCUAUGCAGACGGUAGAAUUCAAUUUUUCAGACAGUUGGAGAAUACGUGAGUUUAAAAUGAGAAAGUCAAGUGCGUUUUCGUGAUAUUACUAGGAUCAGAAUAGGCUACAUUCCUAUGAUAUAUGAUCUGCGUUAUUUUCCUAUAGAGUUGUUGAGAAAGUUGCUUGUUAGUGGAGAAAUUUGCCCUUGAAAUUGAGAAUUGCAAGCUACGUGCCUGGUUUACUGGAUUUUGUCAUAUAUGCUAACUAGAUAAUGCUCGUGUGAUUUACGGUUU